AUGCCUCUUGUGAAAGCAACAAUCACAACAUCAUCACCACCAUUACCACCACGACCCAACAACGCCAACAUCCUCGUCGGGAUGUUAUCUAGCAGUAGCAACAUAAGUCGUACUAUGAAGGCACUGGAUAACGGAUAUUCUCUUGCAAAGCAGGAAAAGUUUUACAAUGGAAUCUAUAAUGCCACGGUCCGAGUGUUAGACACGUGUGAUGGAAUGUCGAGUAUGACAGAGACUCUCAACCUCAUUCUAAACGACUCUGUGGAUGUCCUCUUUGGAGCUCACUGCACAGCUAAUUGCAUUGCCACAGCCCAAGCAGCCAAUUACUGGAACAUUCCAUAUUUCCCUUUGAACUGCUUCGACCCGAGACUUGACGAUUCUACUCUGUAUUUGACUGUCAUUAGAUUCUUCGGCUCUCUGACAUCAUUUGGCGCAUCGUUUGCAGCAUAUUUCAAAAGGUAUCAAUGGGAAAACGUCGCCAUCAUGAUAGAAAGUGAAGCAGACUUUUGCAAUUCUGCUCUUAAUGCCAUUCAAUCUUCAUUGAGAGGAGACAUGGUGACGGUGGCUGAAAUCGUGCAAUUGCCAGCUGACAUCAGCUCUUUGGAUGCUUCGAUUUUUUCUAAAAUUCGUCGCUCAGCUCGAAGUUUGUGUAAAGUGUAA